AUGCCGCCCCAAAAACGCAUGACGGCCAACCCGGUCAAGCCAGCGCGUCAUCGUGCUGGCAAAGUCGCCGAGUCGUCAUCCGAAUCCGAAGCCAGCGGCUCCGAGCAAGAAAAUGAAACCAAAAAGGCACCGCCCCGGAGGACAGCACCGCCGCCCAAAUUUGCCAGCGCUGCUGGUGCGGGUCGCGUCAUCAGCCGUGGCGACGGCGCCAAGAUCAACCUCAAGGGCGUCGGGUUAGCAGAUGCCGAAGAGGAGGAAGCGCGACAGAAAGCCGCCAAGGUGGCCAGGCUGGAGGCGGAAAAGAAGGCAAAAGAGGAGGGCUUCGUGACGGAGGAAGAGGAGGAAGAAGGCAGCGAAGAGGAAAGCUCAGAAGAAGAGAGCAGUUCCGAGGAAGAAGCCCCGCGCCGGCUGAUGAUGCGCCCCAAGUUCAUCCCCAAAAGCCAACGACAAAACAACGGCGCCGCACCCACACCCUCAACCACCACAACCGCCUCCCAACCCCCCGCCCCCCCACAAGACGACGAGGCCGCCGCCGCCGCAGAAGAAGAAGCCCGCCGCAAAGCCGCCGACGAGCUCGUCGAAGAACAAAUCAAAAAAGACCUGGCGGCGCGCGCCGCGGGCCGCAAGCACUGGGAAGACGACGCGAGCGGGUCGGAGGGCGGCGGCGGGGUCGACGACACGGACGACGUGGACCCAGAGGCCGAGUACGCGGCGUGGAAGCUGCGCGAGCUGAAGCGGCUGCGGCGCGAGCGCGAGGCCAUCGAGGCCAAGGAGCGCGAGCUGGCCGAGAUCGAGCGCCGCCGCAACCUGACCGAGGAGGAGCGCCAGGCCGAGGACGAUGCCCAUCUUGCGCUGCAGCGCGAGGAGAAGGAGGGCCGUGGCAAGAUGGCGUUUAUGCAGAAGUAUUUUCAUAAGGGCGCUUUCUAUCAGGAUGAGAGUAAGGCGGCGGGGCUGGAUAAGCGGGAUAUUGCGGGCGCGACGUUCGUGGAUGAUGUUAAUCGGGAGCUGUUGCCCAAGGCGCUGCAGAUGAGGGAUAUGACCAAGAUUGGUAAGAAGGGUGCGACCAAGUAUAGGGAUCUCAAGAGCGAGGAUACGGGGCAGUGGGGAAGGCUGGACGAUGGCCGGGGGAGGCGGGAUCUUGACCGCAAUGUGGAUGAGAGGUUCCAACCGGAUGAUCGCCGUCGGGACUGGGAGAGGGGCGGUGAUGGUGCAAAAGGUGCGAAUGCCAUCCCGCUCGGCGAGCGGUCACAGAGGCCGCGUGAAAGCCGUGAUCGGGACAGGGGGUACGACCGAGACAGGGGCGGAUACAAUGGGGGUAGAGAACAGCGCGGAGACGACCGCAGGGACUCAUACCGACGGCGUGAUGACGACCGGGACAGGAGACGUUCGAGGUCCCCGUCCCGGUCCCGGUCGCCCCGGCAAGACCGCGGUGACCGGCGGAAACGGUCGCCUUCCCGGGAACGGGAUCGGGGCCGGUACGAAAGCGACAAGCGGCGGCGGGUGGACACCCGAUAG